AUGAUUUUUUUUGCCAGGUUUUCACCAUUUUUUGCACUAUUAAUCCUUCUUCUUGCGUUCCAAGAACCAGCUUUAGCCAUUAAAAAGUCCUAUGUUGUCUACUUGGGAGCACAUAAUCAUGGUCCGGAUGUGACUGCUGCUGAUUACCACCAUGUCGAAGAUUCACACACCGAGUUGCUCACUUCAUUCUUGGGAAGUGAGCAAAAGGCUAGAGAUUCCAUGUUUUACUCGUACAAGAGGAAUAUAAAUGGUUUUGCUGCACUUCUUGAGGAAGAAGAGGCUGCUGAGAUUGCUAAGCAUCCAAAUGUGGUAUCAGUAGUAGAGAACAAAGGUCGAAAACUGCACACGACUCAUUCGUGGGAUUUUCUUCGACUGGAAAAGGAUGGCUUUGUUAGUCCGUCUUCCCUUUGGGAGAAAGCUCGAUACGGCGAAGAUACCAUUAUUGCAACACUCGACACUGAGCAUCCAAAUGUGGUAUCAGUAGUAGAGAACAAAGGUCGAAAACUGCACACGACUCAUUCGUGGGAUUUUCUUCGACUGGAAAAGGAUGGCUUUGUUAGUCCGUCUUCCCUUUGGGAGAAAGCUCGAUACGGCGAAGAUACCAUUAUUGCAACACUCGACACUGGUAUUUGGCCUGAAUCGAAGAGCUUUAGCGACGAUGGUAUUGGUCCCAUUCCUUCAAAGUGGAAAGGAAUCUGUCAGUUCGAAGGCAAUAAGAAACACCUUUGCAAUAGAAAACUGAUUGGUGCCAGGUACUACAACAAGGCUUAUGAAGCCUUUAUAGGCAAGCCUCUCAACUCUUCGUUCCAGAAUGCACGCGACUCGGAGGGCCACGGGACCCACACCCUCUCCACCGCCGCCGGGAGCUUCGUCCCGUCGGCCAGCGUGUUUGGUAUCGGGAACGGGACCUCCAAGGGCGGCUCCCCUCGGGCCCGCGCCGCCUCGUACAAGGUGUGCUGGCCCCCCAUCAACGACAGCCAAUGCUUCGACGCCGACAUCAUCAAGGCUUUCGACGUGGCCAUCGACGAUGGGGUGGACGUGCUGUCGGUCUCCCUCGGAGGCUCCGCCGACGACUAUUUCAACGACGGCAUCGCCGUCGCUUCCUUCCACGCUGUGCGGAGAGGAGUCUCUAACAAAUUCUACUCUCUUAUUAACGCGGCCGAUGCUAAAGCUGCCAAUGCAACCGAAGCAGAUGCUCUACUAUGCAAACCGGAUACGUUGGACACGAAAAAGGCAAGGGGCAAAAUAGUUGUCUGCCUAAGAGGAGAAAAUGCACGAGUUGAGAAGGGUGUGGUGGCGGCACGUGCGGCCGCUGUCGGGAUGAUUCUCUGCAACGACGAGCCUAACGGAGAUGAGCUCAUGUCUGACCCACAUUUUCUACCGGCCACACACAUCGGUUAUGAGGAUGGUCGUACUCUCUUUGCCUAUAUUAAUAAUACCAAGUAUCCGCAAGGCCUUAUUACGACUCCAAAGGCGCUGCUGAAUACGAAACCGGCACCUUCUAUGGCCGCCUUCUCGUCCAGGGGACCGAACACCAUUACCCCGGAAAUCCUCAAGCCUGAUAUUACGGCACCAGGUGUUGACAUAAUAGCUUCCUAUACCGAGGGAACAAGCCCGACGGAGUUGGAGUUUGACCACCGCAGGACACCUUUCACGGUGAUGUCCGGGACCUCCAUGUCUUGUCCCCAUGUUUCGGGUGUUGUGGGCCUGCUCAAGACAUUGUAUCCCGAUUGGAGCCCGGCCGCAAUUAGAUCUGCCAUCAUGACAACCGCGAGGACUCGUGACAACACCGGUGAGCCAUUUUCCGAUUCUAGCCACGAAAAGGCCACGCCGUUUGCAUACGGGUCGGGCCACAUCAGGCCGAACCGCGCCCAGGACCCUGGCCUGGUCUACGACCUGACGGUGAACGACUACCUUGACUUUCUCUGUGGGCUCGGGUACAACCAGACCAUGCUGGCCCAAUUCACCAACUCCCACUAUGACUGCCCGACCGACUACAGCGUGCUCGACUUCAACAACCCGUCCAUCACGGUCCCAAAUGUGAAUGGGUCUGUCACGGUUGCCCGGAAGGUGAAGAAUGUCGGCCGGCCCGGGAAGUACACCGCGCGAAUCCACCACCCGCCCGGUUUCAGGGUCUCGGUGGAGCCGAACAUGCUCGAAUUCAAGAAAACCGGGGAGGAGAAGGUGUUUAGGGUGACUAUAAAGGCCAAGGAAGGUGUCAAGAGAGGGUAUAGCUUUGGAGAGCUUUUGUGGUCCGAUGGGAGGCAUUAUGUGAGGAGUCCAAUAGUGGCUAAUCACAACUCUAGCAAUUAA